AUGAAGAACCCCUACCUAUCAGAAUGCGUCUACAGAAAGUGCAAAAUGUCUCCUUUACUUUUUCUUUGUCUGCUGGUAAAUGCAGGUAACACAGAUGCUGUCACAUUAACCGGGUCGUCUGAGUACGCUGUCCCCGGGAGUGAGUUUACACUGACGUGUGACGUACCAGAGGAGGCAAACCGAGUCCAGUUGUACCGCCGUCCUAACCUGACUGCUAUACUAGGUAGUAUACAAGUAGCUGGUGGUCAAUGUUACAACACCAUAACUACUACUCCUGUCCUCUGUAGCCCGGAUGUCUGCUCCUGUACUACCACCUCGACUGUCUAUGGUACAGUGUUCCAGUGGGUCAUACAGCCACAGACAGGGGACCAUGGAUCUGUGUGGUAUUGUUGGCGUACUAACCCAGCUCUACCUGAAGCUGACAGGGUUGUAAACAGUCCUGAUUACACACUUAAUGUGGCCGACGGUCCUGGUACUGUUACCCUGUCCCCACAUGACACUUUCUACACCAGGACUGAGGGGGACACGUUACCGGACAUCACCUGUACAGCUGACUGUAGACCUGGCUGUACCUUUGUCUGGACAAAACCUGACAACACCAACUUUACUGCCUCAGCUGUGUUGUCACUGGGACAACUGGACAGAUCAGAACACGGGACGUACAGAUGCACGGCUAGGAAUGUUGUUGGGGAGUUAACUACAACUACAAGUGUCACUGUACAAUACGGUCCCAGUACUGUUACCCUGUCCCCAGCGGAUAUUACCUACACCAAGACUGAGGGGGACACGUUACCGGACAUCACCUGUACAGCUGACUGUAGACCUGGCUGUACCUUUGUCUGGACCAAACCUGACAACACCAACUUUACUGCCUCAGCUGUGUUAUCACUGGGACAACUGGACAGAUCAGAACACGGGACAUACAGAUGUACGGCUAGGAAUGUUGUCGGAACAGGCAUUACUACAACAAAACUUGUGAUACUAUACAGCUACGGACCACUACAGAUUGCCACAAAUGAUGCCAGAUCAUAUCUGUUGCUAAUCCGGUGUCUGAUCCGUGAAUGUGGCCAUAUUGGGGAAUUUAAAUCUAAACUCUGA